AUGUCAUCUUCUUCUUCAAUCAAAUUCUUCGCUCUUCUGGCUAUUUUUGGUGUUGUGGCCGCUCAAUUCGGUAUGAAUACUGGACUUGGUUUGGGUGCCGGUCCGAUAAAUGCCGGUGUUCAAGGUGGGGCCUAUGGUGGACGAUAUGGGCAACAAGGAUACGGUGGACAAAGAUACGGUGGACAGGGCUACGGGCAACAAGGUUACGGUCAACAACAAGCCUACGGUGGUGCACAGUACGGUGGACAAGGAUACGGUGGUGGUCGAGGUGUUUAUGGAAACGGAAAUGUUGGCCUAGGAGUUCGCCCAGGUGGUUUAGUCGGAGGAAUUCUUGGAUAA